AUGGAAGUUGCCCAGCUGGAGGCGGCAGCCUGCAGGGGGGACGUGCCCGCCAGCGGCGCAGAGGUCUGGUGGAGGGACUGCGGAAGCGGGGCGCUGCAGGGCGGUGCUGGCCUGCGCGACCAGUCAGCACCCUCCAAGGGGCCAGGCGCUGCCGCCGCGCCCUCUGUUUCGCAGCAGCCGGCGCAGAUGGAGGCGCGGCAGCCGGCUAACCGUGCCGAUGAGCAACGGCAGGAAGAGCCGCGGCAGCAUUUGCUGGAGCUCAUGGUGCCGACGCCGUUGGCAGCAUCACCACCACAGCAGCAGCAGCAGCAGCAGCAGGGGCGUAUGCAGCAGGAGCAGCAGCAGCAAGAGCCGGCAGCAGCACGCCCAGCGGCAGGCCCCAACCCCUCGGAACCCGGCAAGGUCCUGCAUCUCCGGCGCCAGCCUGCCGUCCGCACGCACGGCGCCUUCCUGCGCCGCACGCUGGCGCUCAAGCAGCUGCGGUGCAGCGUGGCGCCGCCGCCGCAGCCCGCAGCCGCGGCGCCGACGCCCGCGCGUGCGGCCCUGCCGUCGCCGCCGCCGGCGUCGCCAGACGCCCGCGAGCCGCAGGUCGCGGUCUCGCCGUCGGCGGGCGCCGCCGAGGCCGGCUGUCGGGCGACGGACGGCCCCGCGGAGGAGCCCUGCAACCCCUCGGCCACGCGCAGCAGCAGCGCGGCGAGCGAGCACGCGAGCGUCAUCUUCGCCGACUUUGCGCCGGAGUUUGUCGCAGCGCCCGGCGGCCGCGCUCUGGACCGCCUGCUGUCCUGCGACAGCGAUCAAGACGCCUACUACUCCGCCAGCGGCCCCAGCAAAACGGCACCCUUCUCCGCCCCUGCCUGCACGGCCGCCGACGCGGCUGCACCACGUGCGGCGGCGGCCGCAGCAGAGGCGGCGGCGGCCACUUGGUGCCCCGCGCUUUGCUACUGGGACGUGGCGGACAGCGCGGAUGACCUGGCGCUCGGCGGCCCCAAGCGCUUUGUGCGCCACGACCAGGAGGAUGUCGUGGAUGUGGUUAUGACCACCGCCGGCGCACGCGCGCGUGGCUGCUGCGCCGCGGCGCCGCCCGCCGGGCGGCGGCCCCGCUCCCGCGCCGCCGCCAGCGGCUCACUUGCUGCUGCUGCUGCUGCGGCGGCGGCAGCGCAGCGGCCCGGUGACAUGGGCGCAGCAGUGGCGCCGCGCAGCGCAGCAUGCGAGGGCGCGUGGGCUGUGCACGACGCGCUGACUGCCAACUCGGCAACCGGCAGCCCCACAGCCGCCAUGGUGUCCGGCAUGCAGCGUUGUGAGUUCGGGGCCUCCCCCACCCUCCCGCCCGGCUGCUCCAUGCCCGUGCGCGCGCCAUCAUGCCUCGCCCCCGGCGCCUGCUCCCCCCUGUCGCCGAGCCCCCUGCCGAGCUGGCAGCCGCAGCGGCGCCCCCUCGCGGCGCUGCCGAUGCGCGCCGCGCCACAGCCGCAAGCCGAGGGUGGUGCCGAGCCCGAGGCCGAGGCUGGCGCGUGCGCGCUGCUGGCGGGUGCUUUCCCCUCGCGGCGCGCCGCGCGGGCCGCACAGGAGCAGGCGCCCGGGGCGCUUAAGGACGUGGCCGCCGCCGACGCCGCGGAGCUGCAGCAGCGCCCGCUGGCGCACGCGCGCCGGUCCGCGCGGCCGCUUUCGCUGCUGCGGCAGGGCGGCGACGCGGCGGCGGCGGCGGCGGCGGGCUACGCAAGCCAGGCGGCUCCUGGUGACCUGGCGUGUCCCGACCUCCCAUCCGCGGACGCCGCCGCGGCGAACGACGGCGACAGCUCCGACGGCGGCGCCGGCAAGACCAAGAAGCGCCCCGCCUCGCGGCUGCUCACGCGCCCGCACGGCUGCGGCUGCGUCGUUUGCGGCGCCACGUCGACGCCGGUGUGGCGCACGGGGCCGCAGGGGCCCAAGACCCUGUGCAACCGCUGCGGCGUGCGGUUCUCCAAGAUGUCGCGCCGCAAGUGA